AUGGGGACAAGGAAAGGAGGGACAGUGGCAUGUGCCACCCCCUGCGGCCACCACACGCCCGGGACACCCCGGCGGGUCCCUGGAGCUGCCGGGGGCUCUGGAACGGCUCUGCCGGAGCUGCUGCUCCUCCCCCGGCAACUGGGGCGGCAGCAGGAGGUGACAUCCCCCGUGCCGGGGGAGGCGGGAGGGUCACCAGACAGGGAUGGCAUCCAGCCCAGCCCUCAUCCCAAUGAUCCAAGUUCCAAUAGCAAAGCCGAGGGCACACAGGAAGGAGGAAAUAAAAACGGGAAGAAAACCAACGGAGCCCCAAAUGGAUUUUAUGCAGAGAUCGACUGGGACAGAUAUAACUCACCUGAGCUGGAUGAGGAGGGAUACAGCAUCAGACCCGAGGAACCAGGAUCUACCAAAGGAAAGCACUUCUACUCCUCCAGCGAGUCGGAGGAGGAGGAGGAGGCGCACAAGAAGUUCAACAUCAAGAUCAAGCCCCUGCAAGCCAAGGACGCCCUGCGCAGCGCGGCCACCGUGGACGAGCUCCGGGCGUCCGUGGGCAACAUCGCCCUGUCCCCCUCCCCCGUGAGGAAAAGUCCGCGGCGCAGCCCGAGUCUUAGCGUCUCAUCCAAUUCUGCUCUGGACCAGCCUGAGAUUUGGGGCUCAGCCCAGCCCAUCAACACCAACGUCGAGUCCCCAAAACUUCCAAGACCUUUUCCAACUGGAAGAGGGGACCAGGCAGCAGCAGAGCCCAAACGGGACAAACUCCCGUCCAUCAAUGACUUGGACAGCAUGGACAGCAUUUUGGGCCCCGUGCCGUCCCCUAAAUCUGCUGCUGCCACGGCGGAAGACAAGUGGGUCAAUUUUUCCGAUCAAUCCCCGGAAAACGCUGCUCCGGAGUUGUCGCCCCGGGACAAGGCGCCGUCGCCACCGGUGGCCGCGGGUAGCCCGGCCGAGCAUCCCCGCCCGCUGCCCUCGCCGCUGCAGCUGCAAGACGCUCCCAAGAAGCUUCCCGAGCAUCCUCACCUUAAGGAGGAUCCCGCCGAGCCCGCCGCCUCCUCCCCCCCCCCCCCCCCCCCCCCCCCCAGAGCCACCCCGCCGCCCCCUCCGCCGCCCACCUACCGCGCCGUGGUCUCGUCCCCCGGACCGGGCGGCAGCACGGGAAGCGCCAGCGGUACGUGCUGUGAGCUCGGGGGUGUCUGGGGGUUCCAGUCCAGGCCUUUCAGCCCUCCCAUCCACUCGUCCAGCCCUCCUCCGAUCGCGCCUCUAGCCCGCGCCGAGAGCACCUCUUCCAUUUCUUCCACCAAUUCGCUGAGCGCAGCCACCACUCCCACCGUCGAGAAUGAACAGCCUUCCCUCGUUUGGUUUGACAGAGGAAAGUUUUAUUUGACUUUCGAAGGCUCAUCUCGAGGCCCCAGCCCCCUGACCAUGGGGGCUCAGGACACCCUGCCCGUGGCCGCCGCCUUCACCGAGACCGUCAACGCGUACUUCAAAGGGGCUGACCCCAACAAGUGCAUCGUGAAGAUCACGGGGGAGAUGGUGCUGUCCUUCCCGGCGGGCAUCACCCGGCACUUCGCCAACAACCCCGCGCCCGCCGUGCUCACCUUCCGCGUGCUCAACUUCAACAGGCUGGAGCACGUCCUGCCAAACCCCCAGCUGCUCUGCUGUGACAACGUGCAGAGUGACUCCAACUCCAAGGAGUUCUGGGUCAACAUGCCAAAUCUGAUGACUCACCUAAAGAAGGUAUCGGAACAGAAACCUCAAGCCACCUAUUACAAUGUGGAUAUGCUCAAAUACCAGGUGUCUGCCCAGGGUAUUCAGUCUACUCCAUUAAACCUUGCAGUGAGCUGGCGCUGUGACCCUGCAAGCACUGACCUGCGCAUCGACUACAAAUACAACACGGAGGCCAUGACCGCUCCCGUGGCUCUCAACAACGUCCAGUUCCUCGUCCCCGUCGACGGAGGAGUAACCAAACUUCAAGCUGUGCUUCCUCCUGCUGUCUGGAACGCUGAACAGCAAAGGAUAUUGUGGAAGAUCCCUGACAUCUCCCAGAAGUCAGAGAACGGAGGCGUGGGGUCGCUGCUGGCGCGGUUCCAGCUGGCCGAGGGGCCGAGCUCGCCGGCGCCGCUGGCCGUGCAGUUCACCAGCGAGGGCAGCACCCUGUCCAGCUGUGACAUCGAGCUGGUGGGCGCCGGCUACCGCUUCUCCCUCAUCAAGAAGAGGUUUGCGGCAGGUAAAUAUUUGGCAGAUAACUGAUGGAAGCUUAUGCAAGUCUAUGGAAAAUACUACGGAAAAUACCCAAGGACUGCUGUGUGUGGAACGGGUUUUAAUUACAGUUUAAGGAAAAUGAACUAAAUCCUGCACUCGGGACAUUUCUGUUGGAAGUGUCGACAACUUUCAGCAUUUUUUUUUUUUCCUUGGAAAACACUGUCUUGACCAGUCCUCCAGUAUUUACUUCUAGAUGUAACAUUGUUAAUGGUUUUAAAAUGUAAUUAUUGUAUUUGUAAAUUGUACUCAUUCCAGUAAGGCUGUAUUUUGGCAGUUAGACUCUUGAGUUUUAGCAUUUUCCCAUUCAUGAAAUGGAUGUAAUUUAAACUGUGGUAUAUAAAUCUAAUAGUAGUACUGUUGAAUGGCACAAUGCUUACAGAGGUAGAUUGCAUUUUGUCAAUAUAUACAAUUUAAAUACGAUACUGGUAGCUGUUAUGAAGGGGGUGCCUCAGCAAAAAGAGAGUUCAGUAGAGCCCACAGGCUGAUUUAAUUUUCCUUCAGUCCUUCGUACGUCUCACAGCAAUCAAUAAAAAGCUCAACCUUCAGCUUUAGCUGGUUUAACUCCAGAAGAAUAUUGCUGGAAAGCUGGAGGUUCCUAGGAUGCUCUCCCAGGAAGAAAAAUCUCACUUCUUCAAGGAGUGUUUACUCCAAAUUUCCAGCCCCUUGUUCUCUAACAGCUGCUGGCAUCCCAGCAGCUCUUCCCUGCCCCUUGCCCGUGUAUUUUGCAGGGAUUCAGGUGAGGAAAGGAGCAGCAAAGAGGCUGGGUGGUCACUCUGAGCUCACCAUGGCAUGAAAUGUCAUUUUGGGUUCCAGGAUGCAUUUUCCCAGCUGCCUCCAGAUGUUUGCUUGUUUUUUU